GACAAACUUAUUUUGAAAACAUUUUCCCAACGAAUGGUAAAAUUUUGAAAACAUUUUCCCUCGGAACAAUAGCGGCCGGAGAACGAAGAGGACCCAAGUAGAAAGCCCCCAUCGAAGAUGAUGAUCCCUCUCUCUCUCUCUCCUCCUUCGUAUAAUUCAAUCUUCUGAAUUUGAAGCACAUCGCUUCAAGUUUUGCACUCACCGUUGGAGCUUCUCGCCGGAGGCCCUCUCGGACGCGUGUUUCUAGGGUUAGGGUUUUGUAUCGACCACCAAAGCCACUCAGGCGUGGGUACUAGGUCUCUCUCUUCGUAAUCACGCAAGCGUGGAUACUGGCUCUCAUCAGCAUUUUCGGUUUUUGCUCAACAAACAAGAACUUCGGUGUUCGUGGGUUUUGGUGGUGAUCAGAUUUCUGCAACAAGUUUCUUGUGUUCUAUCAGCACGCUAGAAUGGGUCGCACAAUUAAGCAAAAAGAGUUAGCUUGCAGAUUUGUGGCUAACGGAAAAAGCCUAGAAGGGCUAAUUAUUAAUGAUCGUGCGAAACAAAAGCUUAAGGGAACGGGAUUUGAUAGUUUGUUACUACUCUCCUCCCAAUUCAAUAUUCCAACAAAUCUCCUAACAGCAGUAGUGGAUGCAUACAAUAUUGAAAGGAGAUGUUUCAGACUAGGAGACACUAAUAUAUUUUUUGGAUUGGGUGAUGUCUUGAGAAUAAUGGCAAUACCAAUAGAUGGUAGGCCCAUUAUUGAAACAGAUGAGGAUCCCAGUGAAUUAUGUAAGGAAUAUUUUGGUGAGGACAUAUCUAUAAAUCCAGAUGACCGUAAGGGUGGGAUUACUCUUAAAUCGCUAAGAAAAUAUUGUAAUGAUCGUAAAGACCACGCUCUAGAAGGACAAGACCUUGAUUGCUACAUCCGGGCGCUAGUUCUUUACUUAAUAGGGUCGUUUAUAAUCCCUACAGGAUCACAUAUUGUUGCUCCAGUUUAUCUUUUAUUUUUGAAGAAUAUAGAGGAGAUUGGAAGUUAUGCUUGGGGUGCGGCCUUAUUAGCGAAUUUGCACCGCCACCUUGAAAACCACAUCAAAUAUAGAGGCUUUAUAUAUGCCAACGUUCAUUUUCUGACGGUGUUUCUGUUGGAGCAUAUUCCCAAGGUUGCAUAUUAUAUACUCCAUCCUGAGGAAAGAAAUGGUCCUCCUAUCGAAUUUCCACUGAUGGUUGGCUGGAACAAGAAGCUUAAAAAAUCAAUGAAGAAGCAAGAUCGGAAAAGCAUCGAGUUUUUUAGAAAUUGUUUUAAUGAAUUACAAGAAGAUGAUAUUGAAUGGAAACCUUAUGAUAGGUUGCCCAAAGAUUUUUUAUUUGGGUCAUAUGCUAUACAACUUCCCUUGGAGCUUGCUUUCACAUCAUUGUUGUGUUUGGAAAGGGCUAUCCUUCAUGAUCCAGGAGUGUCAAGUGGAAGACAACUCUUUUUUUCUGAUAAGCUAUUCAAGCUUCAGCUGUGUGACGCUCAUACGAAGCAUGAUGUUGGAACUAAAAGCAAAAGUAGGCAGGGAAAAAAACAAACAUGGGCUGUUGUACAUGGUGAGUUUGUCAACGCAUGGAAUGAUCGUUGGCAAAACUUGUACAUUGACACGAAUGAUGCAGGUGAAGAAAAAGAAAUAGAGACUGCAGAGCCAGCUGCACAAUGGGCAUCUGCUUGUCCAGCUGAUGAUAUGCCUGAGGAGGCUUUUACUGAGCCAGCUGCACAAGGAAUAUCUUUUUCUCUAGCUGAUGAUAUGCCUGAGAAGGUUUUUCUCGGGGUUGUUGCACGAGAGGUUAGAAGAUCUGUAGGAGUAACUCCAAGGGAAAAUUUAGCAGCAAGGAGGCAACAUUCAGUACCGAUGGGACAAACUAAUGAGGAAAAUGCUGAUGGGCAACAGAUAGUUGAACUGGGUGCAUUUAGUGAGGUGAGAAGGGUUAGGGGGAGAAACCAUAGACAACUUCCAACACCACCGCAGAGAAUGAGGACCCAGGGGCAACCUCCAACAUCACAACAUAACCAAAAAUGAAAUUGCAAGUCAAGGACAAAGAGAGGGCACAAGCACAUUUGGAAUGGGAUUUAAUCAAACUUCUACAAAUGUGACAACAACCAAUCAACCUAGAAUUACACUUAGGUGGAUGCCUGAUGGUUCUAGUCAAGUUACUCCCUCACAGCAGAAUUUUGUCACAAGAGCUGUCAAUAUAAACACACAUGAAGUGGCAAAGAGACCUCCCAAUAGGCAAGUGCCAUCAAGGUACAUGGCAGGAAGACCACAAGCUGCAAAAAGAAGAAAUAUUCAGGAUGAAGGCAAUUCUCAGAACAGUUACAGGAGAUGUGAGGGAAAGGGAGGAAAGUGUUACUGGGGAGGUUGCUUAUAUUGUGUGAACUUGCACUCUUGAUGAUAACAAAGGAAUCCAUCAAAGUGAAGCAAACUGAAGACUCUGGUUCUAUGCAAAUUGACAGCUCACUGGAUGGAACUUCACUUUACAUGAAAUUUUGGUUUAUAGCCCCUGUGAAUUAACAUAUUGUGCUGGGAUCUUUCAUUGUGAUAAUGAAAUAUAUGAAGAUCUACUGGUUUUUCA